AUGAACAGCCACACACUGGGCGACUCUCUGGGCCCUAGCCUAGCGGUGCGUAUGAGCGGAGCCGCCGGUGGCUGGAGCAGUCUCUCUCUGAAGCCAGUGCCUACCGGGUGGAUCCCCUCUCUGUUUCAAACCAUGGUUCCUACGGGAUACACCAAGCUCCAGGAGGAGCGUGGUCUGGCCAUGGCCGACCUGGGGUCCAAGCCUGAGGGGAACGGCUACCGGCCUGACCCCCCACAUCUGGAGGUGCGGCGGCACUCGGACCGGGUAGCGCGGACGUCCGUUAGCCUGUCAGACGGUGGGGACGUGCGAUACUCUGAGACUGAGCCCAUGCUCCCUGAGGGGACGCUCUCGGGGGAGGAGGGCGAUGAUGAGGCAAAGGAGGAAGAGGAGAGUCAGAGGCCCCCCACACGGAACAUGCCCAAGGAGUCGCCCCUGGCCAUGGCGCUGCAGAUCGUGGUGCCUUUCCUGCUGGCUGGGUUCGGCACAGUGUCAGCAGGGAUGGUGCUGGACAUAGUACAGGUGUGACCGGGAUGGGGAAUGGUAGAGCAUAGGUCCUGUUGAGACUGGGGUGAUGGAUGGUAGAGCAUAGGUCCUGUUGAGACUGGGGUGUGGGCUAGUGCAUGUGAAGUUCAAAUAGGUAGAGGAGAUGGAUUUGGCACAGUUUAAUUCAAGUGGGUUGUAUUGUUUACUUAUGACUCCAUUUCCUGUGUAAUCCAGAGUAAAUGGCUGUAAGAGCUUUCAAGGUAGGUGAUAAAGGGAUAUCUGUCUAUUGACUUUGAUUUUAAAUUGUUAAAGGGAUUCUCAUAGCCACUCAGCAAAUACUAGUGUUCUAGCCAGUCAAAAAUGUUAUAAAUUGAUUUGCAUUUUAAUGAGGGAAAUAAGUAUUUGACCCCCUCUCAAUCAGAAAGAUUUCUGGCUCCCAGGUGUCUUUUAUACAGGUAACGAGCUGAGAUUAGGAGCACACUCUUAAAGGGAGUGCUCCUAAUCUCAGUUUGUUACCUGUAUAAAAGACACCUGUCCACAGAAGCAAUCAAUCAAUCAGAUUCCAAACUCUCCACCAUGGCCAAGACCAAAGAGAUCUCCAAGGAUGUCAGGGACAAGAUUGUAGACCUACACAAGGCUGGAAUGGGCUACAAGACCAUCGCCAAGCAGCUUGGUGAGAAGGUGACAACAGUUGGUGCGAUUAUUCACAAAUGGAAGAAACACAAAAUAACUGUCAAUCUCCCUCUGCCUGGGGCUCCAUGCAAGAUCUCACCUCGUGGAGUUGCAAUGAUCAUGAGAACGGUGAGGAAUCAGCCCAGAACUACACGGGAGGAUCUUGUCAAUGAUCUCAAGGCAGCUGGGACCAUAGUCACCAAGAAAACAAUUGGUAACACACUACGCCGUGAAGGACUGAUGCUUUGGGGGUGUUUUUCUGCUAAGGGGACAGGACAACUUCACUGCAUCAAAGGGACGAUGGACGGGUCAUGUACCCUCAAAUCUUGGGUGAGAACCUCCUUCCCUCAGCCAGGACAUUGAAAAUGGGUCGUGGAUUGAUAUUCCAGCAUGGCUCAAGAAGAGCACAUUAAGGUCCUGGAGUGGCCUAGCCAGUCUCCAGACCUUAAUCCCAUAGAAAAUCUGUGGAGGGAGCUGAAGGUUCGAGUUGCCAAAUGUCAGCCUCGAAACCUUAAUGACUUGGAGAAGAUCUGCAAAGAGGAGUGGGACAAAAUCCCUCCUGAGAUGUGUGCAAACCUGGUGGCCAACGACAAGAAACGUCUGACCUCUGUGAUUGCCAACAAGGGUUUUGCCACCAAGUACUAAGUCAUGUUUUGCAGAGGGGUCAAAUACUUCUUUCCCUCAUUAAAAUGCAAAUCAAUUUAUAACAUUUUUGACAUGUGUUUUUCUGGAUUUUUUUGUUGUUAUUCUGUCUCUCACUGUUCAAAUAAACCUACCAUUAAAAUUAUAGACUGAUCAUGUCUUUGUCAGUGGGCAAACAUACAAAAUCAGCAGGGGAUCAAAUACUUUUUACCCUCACUGUAGACUUUCAACAAGAAUGACGUCUGAUAUCCCUCUCCUCUCUUUCUCUCUCUCUCUCUUUCCCUCUAUCCCACUUCCUCUCUUUCUUCUCUCGCCCUCUCUCUCGCCUCUCUCCUGUCCCCCAGCACUGGGAUGCCUUUAAGUACAUUACAGAGAUUUUCAUCCUGGUUCCGGCUCUGCUGGGCCUGAAGGGCAACCUGGAGAUGACUCUCGCAUCCAGACUAUCCACCGCGGUAAGACACACACACACACACACACACACACACCAGCUUUUAAAUACUGUUCAAACACACUUCUGCACACACACACCAUCAAAAAGUAUUUGCACAUUCUGGAUACAACACACUUCCACAUGCUCUUCCACAUGCUCUACUGCACCAUAGCUAUUUGAGAGCCUCCGCUUCUCUUACAAAGCCUGUUUUAAGAUGUAUAUUAAGGUGGCUUCCUGGUUUAGGAGUUAUGAUGUCAUUAUUUUGAGUUACAGGAUUAAAGACCAUCAUACAUAGUAGUUAUGUAGCAUGUAGUAGUGGUUAUGUAGCAUGUAGUAGUGGUUAUGUGGAUGACGUUGGUUAUACAUAGUGGUAAUGUCUCUAGUUUUACCUGAGACAGGCACUGCAGACUAAAGUAGUUUAUCAUGCUGGCUGUUGUCAUGCCUGGGCUUGUCUUUAUAGGCUUUUGUCUGGUAGGCCAUAUAUCAGCCAGCAAAUCUCUACUCCCAACAUAUCAUUACUAGUCUCGUAUUAUCCUCUUUGUCAGGUGAAAUGAGAUGGUAGGGAACAGGGUGUACCUUACAAAGACACAACUUCCUUAGUAGGCUAAACCCCCCCAAGGAAAAUGGUAAUCUUUACUAUCUUAUAUAAUGGAUUUUGCCUGGUGCCCCUUUGAAACUUCCAUGCUUCUUUACCAUGUUAAGAUAUGGUUAGAAGUUAAGCUAUUAGUCUGUGGAGUUGUGUCCACUGCUGUAGAAUAGCCUCUCACCCCAGGAUCUAAGUCUUAAGAGCUUGUGAAACAGGAUUUAUAUGAGAGAAAUCUGCUGAGGCAGCGGCCUGUCUAGUUUUACCUAUCAUGGCUUCCCACCCCAUCCCUCCUUUCCCUAUGGAGUGAAGGAAGAAGGGAGGUUGUGUUUCCACUAUAGGGAUGGGCUGCUGGAAUGGGCUGCAGACAGAACAGUGAACAGGCAGUCUGAUGGCAAAUUUGACGCUCCACCUCGAUCUGAGAGCGCAAACAAGCUCAGAGAGAGAGAGAGAGAGAGAGAGAGGAAUGAAGGGAGGGGGGAGAGGAUACUCUGGAGGAAAGAGAAAUGGAGGGGCAGAGGGUUUAGAGGGAUUUAGAGAAAAUAACUAUUUUCUUGAAGGGAGGACAGUAGUGCCUGGGGCAUGGAUUUGAUUGAUGGACUGUUCUGUCCAGCAAUUGUUUUUUAGAUUCUUGUCUUUGGUUCAGAAUCUAGUGUAAAACUUGUCAUGUAACUGCAAAGAAAACAAUCUCACUUCAUCAUAUUUAAUCUCUAACAUAUCUCACGUUCUCUCUCUCUCUCUCGUUUACACAUACACACUCUCUCACACAGCAUUACACUCUGGUUCUCCCAUCUUCCUUCCUCGCUUUUUUCCUCCCUCUCUUUCUCCCCCUAUUCAAAUUAUGUGGGGUCGGAGAAGUAGAUGAAGUGACGGGACAGAAUUCUCUCUUUGUUCAGUUUGGCCAGUUCCUCCUCUUUCCUCACAGAUACACAUUCACAUCAUUCUGUUCGGUCUCACACAGAGAAACUCAGUGUUGUGUUUCACUUGUUCCCUCAGCUCACUCCUUGUUCUCAAAACUAGAAACUGCUAAACUCUGCAUACUUUUGCUAAGAAAACAAGAACAGUCACAAACCCUCCAAUCUGAAACAAUGCACUCAAUUGAACAUUGUGUUUAAUUGAGUUGAAUCAUAUUAGUUUGUAAUCUGAUGAACGGUGCCUACAAACUGUUCUAAGUAGUUUUUUAUCUGUUUUGGUCUGUCCCUGUGCAGGUGAAUGUGGGGAAGAUGGACUCUCCCAUAGAGAAGUGGAAUCUGAUCAUAGGAAACCUGGCGCUAAAGCAGGUAAACACACACCACAUAAUAAUAAUAAUAAUAAUAAUAAUAAUAAUAAUAUAAUAUGCCAUUUAGCAGACGCUUUUAUCCAAAGCGACUUACAGUCAUGUGUGCAUACAUUUUUAGGUAUGGGUGGUCCCGGGGAUCGAACCCACUACCCUGGCAUUACAAGCGCCAUGCUCUACCAAUUGAGCUACAGAGGACACACACACACACACACACACACAAUGUCAGCUUCAUAGACAGGAGCAAUGUUACCUCAUAAAAAAUUUGCCACUGAGCAAAUUUCAGGGCAAACUUGAACUUUGUGAAAAUUCUGUGCAACUUCCACCGUGCGUUUACUGUGAACACUGAGGCUGUACCCACUUUAAGUUACAGUUUUAACAGUGGCCAAGUAGGUUACUAUGGCUAUUUGAUCUACCGGGGUGGCCUACCAUAAAAAACAAUGGAGAAAAUGCAUCCCAUAACAUUUUAACAUGGAAAUAGCUGUUAUAUCAUUCAGCCUACAGUAGCAGCCAAUGUGUGGUGUUCAAUGUAGGCCUACAUUCCAUGAGACUUAAAAAAACAUGCAGGGCUUGACAUUAAUCUGUUUAUCCACUUGUCCUUCAGACAAGGAGGUGACUGAAAAUGUUGUUGUUUGAUGCAGGAAACCAAUUUACAAAAUAAAAUGUGUUAUUAUUCCCAUAACAUUAUUACGGAGAAUCAGACAAAUUAUGCUACCCUGUGCCUAUUGGCUACUUAGCUUAUUCAAGCCUGUCUCAAAAUACAACACUGUCUCUUAAUAAAUAAAAAAUGCUCUUUACCUGACUCGCUUUUCAAAGAUGUCUAUGUAUACGUUUUGUGCUCUUGUAGGAAGCAAUCACACCCAUAUUGCUAACUACAAAUUAUCUAUAACUGGGCUAAUAACUCACUAACUAACAAAGGAUAUUAACAAAAUGUGCACACGUGUGCUACAUUCAAUUCUCGCUUUGAUCUCAAAACAUCUGCUCACGACCGCUAAUGCUGUAAACACAGUCCAGUUCAAAGUAAAUGGCACAGAUUAAUAUAUGGCAAUGGUCUAUUUGCAUGUAGGCCUACUGCAACUCUGAUUGGUUAUGCUGCAUAGGUCUGUGUAGAGUACGGGCUGAGUCGUGCGUGUCAAUGCAAUAGAAUCCUACUCCAAUGCGUUCUGCCUACAACAAAAUAUAUUGCAUAGUUAGUUUUGUUUCGGUAUGUUGCGUUGAAAGGGGCUAAUAAUGCGUUGAUACGAUCACAAUUGCCACAGUAAAGGGAAACGUUGAUACAGUGAGGGAAAAAAGUAUUUGAUCCCCUGCUGAUUUUAUACGUUUGCCCACUGACAAAGAAAUGAUCAGUCUAUAAUUUUAAUGGUAGGUUUAUUUGAACAGUGAGAGACAGAAUAACAACAAAAAAAUCCAGAAAAAUGCAUGUCAAAAAUGUUAUAAAUUGAUUUGCAUUUUAAUGAGGGAAGUAAGUAUUUGACCCCUCUGCAAAAUAUGACUUAGUACUUGGUGGCAAAACCCUUGUUGGCAAUCACAGAGGUCAGACGUUUCUUGUAGUUUGCACACAUCUCAGGAGGGAUUUUGUUCCACUCCUCUUUGCAGAUCUUCUCCAAGUCAUUAAGGUUUCGAGGCUGACGUUUGGCAACUCGAACCUUCAGCUACCUCCACAGAUUUUCUAUGGGAUUAAGGUCUAGAGACUGGCUAGGCCACUCCAGGACCUUAAUGUGCUCUUCUUGAGCCACUCCUUUGUUGCCUUGGCCGUGUGUUUUGGGUCAUUGUCAUGCUGGAAUACCCAUCCACAACCCAUUUUCAAUGCCCUGGCUGAGGGAAGGAGGUUCUCACGCAAGAUUUGACAGUACAUGGCCCCGUCCAUCGUCCCUUUGAUGCGGUGAAGUUGUCCUGUCCUCUUAGCAGAAAAACACCCCCAAAGCAUAAUGUUUCCACAUCCAUGUUUGACGGUGGGGAUGGUGUUCUUGGGAUCAUAGGCAGCAUUCCUCCUCCUCCAAACACAGCGAGUUGAGUUGAUGCCAAAGAGCUCCAUUUUGGUCUCAUCUGACCACAACACUUUCACCCAGUUCUCCUCUGAAUCAUUCAGAUGGUCAUUGGCAAACUUCAGAUGGGCAUGUAUAUGUGCUUUCUUGAGCAGGGGGACCUUGCGGGCGAUGCAGGAUUUCAGUCCUUCACGGCGUAGUGUGUUACCAAUUGUUUUCUUGGUGACUAUGGUCCCAGCUGCCUUGAGAUCAUUGACAAGAUCCUCCCGUGUAGUUCUGGGCUGAUUCCUCUCCAUUCUCAUGAUCAUUGCGACUCCACGAGGUGAGAUCUUGCAUGGAGCCCCAGGCCGAGGGAGAUUGACAGUUCUUUUGUGUUUCUUCCAUUUGCAAAUAAUCGCACCAACUGUUGCCACCUUCUCACCAAGCUGCUUGGCAAUGGUCUUGUAACCCAUUCCAGCCUUGUGUAGGUCUACAAUCUUGUCCCUGACAUCCUUGGAAAGUUUGGAAUCUGAUUGUUUGAUUGCUUCUGUGGACAGGUGUCUUUUAUACAGGUAACAAGCUGAGAUUAGGAGCACUCCCUUUAAGAGUGUGCUCCUAAUCUCAGCUCGUUACCUGUAUAAAAUACACCUGGGAGCCAGAAAUCUUUCUGAUUGAGAGGGGGUCAAAUACUUAUUUCCCUCAUAAAAUGCAAAUCAAUUCAUACAAUUUUUGACAUGCGUAUUUCUGGAUUUUUUUUGCAAAUAAAUUUAUAACUCUUUUUUUUUUUUCUGUCUCUCACUGUUCAAAUAAGCCUACCAUUAAAAUUAUAGACUGAUCAUUUCUUUGUCAGUGGGCAAACGUACAAAAUCAGCAGGGGAUCAAAUACGCUUUUCCCUCACUGUAGUGGUAACAGGGUAAACUCUAGAACAGUGGUCACCAACCUUUUCUGAGUAAAGAUCAAAAUGCACUCAGAUUUUUAUUUCUCUUGCAUUUCAUAGAUAUAACAAUUUGUUGCUUCAGGUCCUGAGCUACAGGCAGUUAGAUUUGGGUAUGUCAUUUUAGGCGAAAAUUGAAUAAAAGGGUCAGAUCCUUAAGAGGUUAACCAAUUAAAAUCAGUACUGUAGCAAUGAUGUUUGUGCAGUAAGCUAUAGGCCCAAUACAUUAUCACCGCAUAUUGGCUUUGCUUGAAUUGCCCUGCCAAUGCAUUGCUUUUCAGGCCAUUUCAAAAUUAAUUAUAUUUCAAAAUUUGAGGUAGGCUAUAUGAUCACACCGGUAAUAGAUCCGUUGUUGUAUUACUUGUGAGGCACAUUUUAAAUAAUUAGCUUUUUAUUUUACUGGGCUGAUUGAUGGUGCCUGCAUUUGAUGGUCAGUCUCAGCGGAGGGAGAGAGCAUCAGACUGAGGGUCCGCCUCUCAGCAUCCGUCCACUCUCCCUUUCUUCCACUGACCAAAAAGGGAGAACAUCUUCCAGCUGAUGGCGAAACUCGAGUCGCACAGCAUUAUUUCUGCCUCAUUCACACGUUCAUGUUGUUCCUCCUAUGAACAGAGAAAGUAUUGAUAUUAGAUACACUUUGCUACUCAUUCAAUACUGCUGCAGUGCUGAAUGGCUAUGUUGACAGUGCUGAGUAAGAACUUAAACAAGAACUCACUCUUAAAAACAGCAGCUCUUUGCUGUAUUCAUUGACAGUCUCUCUCUAGUCAUGAUUUUAAACGUUUUGAAGUCUCACAGUAUCAACUUUGCUGCAGCUUUCUUUUAUGCCUGCUAGUUACUGCAGACGGUAAUCUGAGCCAUCCGAUUGGCCAGCAGUAGGUAGCCUAAUAGUGCACUUGAUUUGCUCGCCGGGCCCGCCGGGAAGGCAGAGUUUGUACCUUUUAGAUACAUGAAAUGGUUCAAAAUGGCAACAGUUCGCCUACCCGACACGCAGGGCAGCUGAAUCAGGUGCACCUACCGUCAAAAGCCCGAGACGAAGAAAAAAUAAAAAUAGGAACACAAGGCUUUAUCGUUGGGUUUUUACAGAAAUGUUUGGCGAUCAAAUAGGAAUGCCUUGGAGAUCGACCAGUCGAUCGCGAUCGACCAGUUGGUGACCACUGCUCUAGAAAGUUGAGUGAAGUUCAAUUUCGUGCUUCUCUCGGUGAGCUAAUAUUUGUUCUGCGCGGCAGUCCGGGGGGAUCUUCGUGCCCACGUGCAAUUUAGAGGGAACAUUGGCGAGCUGUUGGAUUUGUGCCAUUAUCUCCAUAUGAAUCUGUCUAUCUGCGUAGUAUGUGUACUUCUGGUUAGUACUUUUGGUAAUUAUUGACUGAGUGACUGAUAGUGUUAAAGCACACAGUGUUUAAUGGCCCCUUGAGGAAGUGUCCUCAAUGUUGAUAGUGUAUCAUAUAAUAGGAAAACAUUGUUAGAAAAGCAGUUUUAUGUUAUUCCUGUUAACACUGCCCCAACACCUCUCCCUUUCUCUCAAUUGAACGAGAGGAAGGAUGCACAAGAGGAGAGUCCGGAAGAUAGAGGGAGAGAGAGAGCCAGAGAGAGAGAGAGAAGAAGAGAGAGAGAGAGAGAGAGAGGAGAAGAAUGAGAUCGAGAGAGAGAGAGAGAGAGAGAGAGAAGAGGCGGCGAGAGCGAGAGAGCCGAAGAAGCGAGAGAGAGAGCGAGAGAGAUAACGAGAGAGAGAAGAAUAGAGAGAGAGAGCGAGAGCGAGCGCAGAGAGAGAGCAAGUAACCGAGAGCGAGCUCGAUCCUACUCUCUCUCUCUCCUACUUCUCUCUCUCUCUCUCUCUCUCUCUCUCUCUCUCUCUCCUACUCUCACUCUAGGUACAGGCUACAGUAGUAGGUUUCCUGGCGGCGGUGGCAGCGGUGGUUCUGGGUUGGAUCCCAGAGGGGAAGUUCCAGAUGAGUCAUGCCGUGCUGCUCUGCUCUGCCAGCGUGGCUACUGCCUUCAUAGCCUCUAUGUUGCAGGGUACAGACACACACAGCUAGAUAAGCACACACACAUACUCUGAUAUGGGAUAGGCACAGUCAGACAGUCAAACAGUCAAAGCCCCACCUCAUAACACAUAUUAUCACCUACUGCUGAUGGGUCUCAUGCUAUACAUUAGUAGCAAACACACACAUGGAUGGUUGAGAUAUGUGCAGGCAUGUCCCCCUGACCUCUGUACCCUCUGAACCCCAGGCUUCAUCAUGGUGGGGGUGAUCGUGGGCUCCAAGAAGACGGGCAUCAACCCCGACAACGUGGCUACGCCCAUCGCCGCCAGCUUCGGUGACCUCAUCACCCUGGCCAUCCUGGCCUGGAUCAGCCAGGGGCUCUACAACUGCCUGGGUAAGAGGAGGAAGGUUUGCACUGGAUAUUUCCAGAUGGUAAUAAAAGACACAAAACCAGUAAACUAUUUUUUACACUCUAUAUUGAGUUCACAAUCCUUCACAUUAUCCUUCCUCUUUUUAUGUUUCAUUUCCUCUUGAAAAAAGGUGAAAAUGCUCAAUAAAUCUGGCCAACAGUGUAAAGAUAUGGUCCAUUUGGAAUCAGACUGUGCAUCUUUCAACCACUAGAUGGCGCUCUUACGCAGUUAUUUAUUGUCAUUACUGGUAGUUCAUCAGAACAGACCAUAUCUUUCUUUCCUUCUCUCUCCAUAGUCCAUAUUUAAUUCAUGCCCAGCCUCACACGCGCUUCCUCGCGUUACAUUACCCAACACAGUGGACCAGCAAGCGUUUCCUUUGGAAAGUGUAGCUAACUAACCAUGACGUGUCUGAGCCCUAUGAAACAAGCAUUCAUCAACAGACCAGAGACUAAAAAUCUAUGAAAGGCUACAGUAAAACCUCUGAGAUAAUUUAAUAGAGGAGUUGUUCAUAUUUUCAUACCAGCUCAGUGCAGUAAAUCUGUCUGGCCUUGCCUUGCCUGGUGGUGUAGCACAGGCUGUGUCCCAAACGGCACCCUAUGCCCUAUGGGCCCUGGUCAAAAGUAGUGCACUACAUAGGGAAUAGGGUGCCGUUUGGGACGUAGCCACAGAGGACAGUGUCUCUGUUGUAAGGGCCAGCCGUGUCCGUCCCGUCCACUGUGUUCUGCCUUAUUGGACUAAUGUGCCGUUUACUCAGCUAAAGUUAAUCAUUUUAGCCUGGUGUACACAGAUAUCCAGGGGACUAUAUAUACACACAACCAAGGCCACGGGCCACGGUUGGCUACUGCAAACCUUUUAUUUUAAGACCUACAGUUGAAACGUGGAGAGGGAAUGGCGAACCACAAUGGCACCCAGAGCCAAGCCUAAACCCAGGGACUGGCGGCUAUACCUGGGCCAUCAUGACUGGGACUAUUAACCAAUUCUACCCACUGGGACGACAUAGAGCUCCUUCUCUCUGUUUUAUAUCUAUGUCUUCAGGGGGUUUAUCAUGAGGGCUGUUAAGUGUCUGGAAUGGGAUCAUGGUGAGGGGAACAUCUGGUAACCAGAGGGGGAUGAUUGAGUUACAUCUCACUACUAGACACUAUAACCAGAGGGGGAUGAUCAUCUCACUACUAGACACUAUAACCAGAGGGGGAUGAUCAUCUCACUACUAGACACUAUAACCAGAGGGGGAUGAUCUUCUCACUACUAGACACUAUAACCAGAGGGGGAUGAUCAUCUCACUACUAGACACUAUAACCAGAGGGGGGUGAUCAUCUCACUACUAGACACUAUAACCAGAGGGGGAUGAUCUUUUCACUACUAGACACUAUAACCAGAGGGGGAUGAUCAUCUCACUACUAGACACUAUAACCAGAGGGGGAUGAUCUUUUCACUACUUGACACUAUAACCAGAGGGGGGUGAUCAUCUCACUACUAGACACUAUAACCAGAGGGGGAUGAUCAUCUCACUACUAGACACUAUAACCAGAGGGGGAUGAUCAUCUCACUACUAGACACUAUAACCAGAGGGGGAUGAUCUUUUCACUACUAGACACUAUAACCAGAGGGGGAUGAUCAUCUCACUACUAGACACUAUAACCAGAGGGGGAUGAUCUUUUCACUACUUGACACUAUAACCAGAGGGGGAUGAUCAUCUCACUACUAGACACUAUAACCAGAGGGGGAUGAUCAUCUCACUACUAGACACUAUAACCAGAGGGGGAUGAUCAUCUCACUACUAGACACUGUAACCAGAGGGGGAUGAUCAUCUCACUACUAGACACUAUAACUAGAGGGGGAUGAUCAUCUCACUACUAGACACUAUAACCAGAGGGGGAUGAUCAUCUCACUACUAGACACUAUAACCAGAGGGGGAUGAUCAUCUCACUACUAGACACUAUAACCAGAGGGGGAUGAUCAUCUCACUACUAGACACUAUAACCAGAGGGGGAUGAUCAUCUCACUACUAGACAAUAUAACCAGAGGGGAUGAUCAUCUCACUACUAGACACUAUAACCAGAGGGGGAUGAUCAUCUCACUACUAGACACUAUAACCAGAGGGGAAUGAUCAUCUCACUACUAGACACUAUAACCAGAGGGGGAUGAUCAUCUCACUACUAGACACUAUAACCAGAGGGGGAUGAUCAUCUCACUACUAGACACUAUAACCAGAGGGGGAUGAUCAUCUCACUACUAGACACUAUAACCAGAGGGGGAUGAUCAUCUCACUACUAGACACUAUAACCAGAGGGGGAUGAUCUUUUCACUACUAGACACUAUAACCAGAGGGGGAUGAUCAUCUCACUACUAGACACUAUAACCAGAGGGGGAUGAUCUUUUCACUACUUGACACUAUAACCAGAGGGGGAUGAUCAUCUCACUACUAGACACUAUAACCAGAGGGGGAUGAUCAUCUCACUACUAGACACUAUAACCAGAGGGGGGUGAUCAUCUCACUACUAGACACUGUAACCAGAGGGGGAUGAUCAUCUCACUACUAGACACUAUAACCAGAGGGGGAUGAUCAUCUCACUACUAGACACUAUAACCAGAGGGGGAUGAUCAUCUCACUACUAGACACUAUAACCAGAGGGGGAUGAUCAUCUCACUACUAGACACUAUAACCAGAGGGGGAUGAUCAUCUCACUACUAGACACUAUAACCAGAGGGGGAUGAUCAUCUCACUACUAGACAAUAUAACCAGAGGGGAUGAUCAUCUCACUACUAGACACUAUAACCAGAGGGGGAUGAUCAUCUCACUACUAGACACUAUAACCAGAGGGGAAUGAUCAUCUCACUACUAGACACUAUAACCAGAGGGGGAUGAUCAUCUCACUACUAGACACUAUAACCAGAGGGGGAUGAUCAUCUCACUACUAGACACUAUAACCAGAGGGGGAUGAUCAUCUCACUACUAGACAUUAAGCAGGUGUUUUCCCCUUCUCUAUUUCUCCAAAAUGACUGAUUCAGUGCUUUAAUAAUCAUUAGUGAUUCAGUGCUUUAAUAAUCAAUUAGUGAUUCAGUGCUAUAAUAAUCAAUUAGUGAUUCAGUGCUAUAAUAAUCAUUAGAGUGAUUCAGUGCUAUAAUAAUCAAUUAGUGAUUCGGUGCUAUAAUAAUCAUUAGAGUGAUUCAGUGCUUUAAUAAUCAUUAGUGAUUCAGUGCUUUAAUAAUCAUUAGUGAUUCAGUGCUUUAAUAAUCAUUAGUGAUUCAGUGCUUUAAUAAUCAAUUAGUGAUUCAGUGCUAUAAUAAUCAUUAGAGUGAUUCAGUGCUAUAAUAAUCAUUAGUGAUUCAGUGCUAUAAUAAUCAUUAGAGUGAUUCAGUGCUAUAAUAAUCAUUAGGGUGAUUCAGUGCUAUAAUAAUCAUUAGUGUGAUUCAGUGCUAUAAUAAUCAUUAGGGUGAUUCAGUACUAUAAUAAUCAUUAGUGUGAUUCAGUGCUAUAAUAAUCAUUCGAGUUUGGCCGAAGAGGAAGUGUGUGUGUGUACAUUCAAAUUUCAGUAUAUAGUAGAUCCAUCCAAGGAUAGUGUCUUGAUAGUGAGUGAUGAUCUGUUUCUCAGGUCUAUAAGUUAGAUAUGUCCUGUUCUGUAGCUACUGUACUGAGUCAUACAAAUACAGGACUUCUCCUUUGGUUUGUUAUGGAUCUCUGUUUUCUUGCUCCCUGCCCUGUGUCACGCUGUCUUUCCUGGGAAGAGGAGGGACAGUAUCUCCCCCCCUGCCCUGUGUCACGCUGUCUUUCCUGGGAAGAGGAGGGACAGUAUCUCCCCCCCUGCCCUGUGUCACGCUGUCUUUCCUGGGAAGAGGAGGGACAGUAUCUCCCCCCCUGCCCUGUGUCACGCUGUCUUUCCUGGGAAGAGGAGGGACAGUAUCUCCCCCCCUGCCCUGUGUCACGCUUUCAGUAUCCCCCCCUGCCCUGUGUCACGCUUUCAGUAUCCCCCCCCCCCCCCCCCCCCCCCCCCCCCCGCCCUGUGUCACGCUGUCUUUCCUGGGGAGAGGAGGGACAGUAUCUCCCCCCCUCCUCUUGCAGCUGAAGCUGAUAAAUGGUGUUUGUUGUUGUAACUCCCACCAGUAGGUUGCCUCUUUAUUUGGGAUUACAUCUGUUUUUAACUCCUCCCUUUCCUCUCUGUCUCUCUGUUUUUUUUUUUACCCCCUUUUUCUCCCCAAUUUUGAUCUUGUCUCAUGUAUUUUAUUCCUCUUCUGUUAGUUUUAAAUUCUGCAUCGUUGGGAAAGGUUCUUAAGCAUGCAUUUCACUGUAAAGUCUGCACCAGUUGUAUUCGGCGCAUGUGAUAAAUACAAUUUGAUUUGUCAAUCUCUCUCUCGCUCUGUCUGUCUGUUUGUCUGUCUCUGUAUGUAGACUCUCACCCGUACGUGUCGUCCCUGGUGUGUGCCUUCUUCCUGUCUCUGACUCCAGUGUGGGUGGUGAUCUCCUCCAAACACCCGGCCAGCCGCACCCUGCUCUACUCCGGCUGGGAGCCUGUCAUCACUGCCAUGGUCAUCAGCAGGUGUGGAUGCACUCACUCACUAUCAUAGAGAAAUAGCAACAGACUAUUGUACAUUCACAUGAUGAGAAUGAGACCACCAUUUAAUGUGUGAAUGUUCUGUGCUCUGCAGUAUCGGAGGACUCAUCUUGGACAAAACAGUGUCUGACCCGAACCUGGCUGGCAUCGUGGUGUACACCCCUGUCAUUAACGGUGAGACACAAUAUCACUGACUGAUUAAAGACACACUGUGUGGGUUUACAAUGUGACUGAUACAGUGUGUAGGUUUACAAUGUGACUGACACACUGUGGGUUUACAAUGUGACUGACACACUGUGGGUUUACAAUGUGACUGACACACUGUGUGGGUUUACAAUGUGACUGACAAUGUGCACCAAACUAAACUAAACACAAACCUAUCUGUCUCUGUAUAACUGCUAAUGCCACCCUCCUCCCAUCCUUACCGGGGGACCGUUGCCAAGGCCGUUGCUGGCAUUUCGACAACCAGAGAUCAGCUUUUAAUUAAACAUUGUUAAUGAGAGACAUUUAACCAAAUGGAAGACGACUGUGUGCCUCUUAAUCAAUGUUUCUGCCGAGAUGUCUACAAAUCAUGAAAUGGCUGGGUGAUCUGGGAAGUGUGUAUGUGUGUGUGUGUCAGCGUGUGUAGGGGGACCACACAGACAAAUGACUCUGGGGCUAGUAAAGAGAGGUUUCAUCACCAACCCUGCAACUAUCUGGGAUUUACAACAAAUGGAGGUGGUAACUAUCCUAUAGGGAGGAGAUGACUAGACUGAGCCUUUGAUGCUUUCACUCUGAACAUGCACAGUUCCUCGCUUCAAAACUAGAGACAGAAUAUAAGAAGGGAGGAGAUGAGUGAAGCUGGUAGAGGGGAGGAGAGGGGAGGAGAGAGCUGAGAACUGAAUUGGGGGAAUGGAAGGAUGGGAGAGGGAAAUGAGACUGGAAUGGGAGAAAGGAAAAUAGAGAGGAAAUGAGGAGAGGCAUGCAGUCUGUUGCCCCAGAGCUACUCAGAUGGGGUGGGAGACGGGACCCCCUGUGGUCUACCCCCCCCCCUCCCUCCGUCAGACCCAGUGACCCACAUAGCCCCCCUGCUGAGGUGUAACCACCAUACUCCCCAGACCUCUGGAGGGGCGAGAGGUGAGGGAGAAGGGGGAUUGAGUGGUGGACAGGAGAUGGAUGAGAGGUGGAAUGAGGAGGGUGGGGCAUUCUAUUUAGCCGCAACAUGGAGAAGUUAAAUGUCUCCCUGUCUCUCCACUGACAACAAAGAUUGGAUUAAGUGACCAUAACCAGGCAGCAGAGGUGUCUGUCCUCAUUUAGGCCUGCCUGAUCAGGAUAACAAGCACAGGAGGGGAGAUGAGCCCAGCUACCCCAAAAUAUACCCCUCCCCAAAACACAACCCCUUUGGGACUGUGCCUCUUUGGGUACUUUUGGAAUGCCCAAACUCUCUUUCUGUCUCACUGACCACAGCCUCUCUCCUCUCCUCCUCUACUUUCUGUCAGUGUUGUCUGUCUCAUACACUAUUCUGGGUUGGAGUGGUUGUCUGGUCUGCCCACCUGGAAGCUGUGAGUGUUUGUACAUGAGCCAUACUGCAUGGCUAGACUACUCUGAGUCAUCAGACUGAGAGUAGCGUGUGUGUGGAUAUAAAUAGCCUUGUCCUGUUGUUCUCAUGAUAAAUGUUCCUCUGCUUGAUAGAAAUUACAGUCUACAUGAGGAAGCUGAGCAGAAUUAAAUGGGGCACGCUGUCAGUCUCUUUUUUCCCUCUCUCCCUCUCUCUCCCCCCCCCCCCCCCCCCCUCUCCUUUUAUCUCUUUCCCCAUACUUUCCCUGUCUUUGUCUAUCCCCACCUCUCUCUCUCUCUCUCUCUCUCUCUCUCUCUCUCUCUCUCUGUGUGUAAUGCCGUUUUCCCACACAGUAAUAUGUAUUCAUUGUGUCUCAGACUUUGUCGAUGCAUCAAAGGCCAGGCUGAUGUGUUGAGUAAUGCACUGAGACACAACACAGCCUGGCUGCAUUCCAAACCAAAACUCACACCCUUCCCUCUGUCCUAAUGGAUAUGGAAGGACUUGAUAUGUGAAAGUACUAUGACAGAAACUACAGUACACCCCCUGCCCUUUGAAGGGAGAGGUUGUGCUACCUCAGGUCUGUGAGUGGAAGGCAUUAACUGUUUAGGGAAGGAUACAAAUAUGGGUCCUCACAUUUCUCUCUUACCCUAACUUCUGUUCUAUUCUCAGCUGCCUACAAUCAGCUCCAACCCUAAGCCUGCCUGUUCUGUCUGUUCUCCAGGUAUUGGGGGGAACCUAGUAGCUAUCCAGUCCAGCCGCAUCUCCACUCACCUGCACUUCCACAGUGCUCCUGGGGAGGUACCAGAGGAAGCCAAGGGCUGCUACUACCCCUGCCGCACCUUCUGUGGCACAGGUAAAGCACCUAACCAAUACUCACUUAAACUGUGGAAAUGUGAUCUGUUUUAAACAGGGCAUCCUACAGGACAGAUUGCUUAGCAUAGAGAUAUUUCUCGCCCUCUUCUCUCCCUCUCGCUGUAAUUUUAAGACAUAGAUUGUAGGUGCUGCAGAAGGCACUAUGUUAAGUCACUACCCCAUAAUUAUCCCCAGUCAGUGUUUAGGCUGACAGAUACACAGGUUAUGAACCGUCUUAGCAUCUAUUUUAUUGUUAGACUAAGUUGCACAGUUCAACUCCUCUCGUCCCUUCGUCUCCUUUCUCUCAGGAGCCAAUCACCGUUCGGCCCAGGUGCUGCUCCUAUUGGUGCUCCCGGGUCACCUGAUCUUUCUGUACACCAUCCACCUGAUGAAGAGCGGCCACACCACCCUGACGCCCAUCUUUAUGACCGUCUACCUGGCUGCCGCCCUCUUACAGGUUAGUGGUGUGUGCGUGCGUCCGUGUUUGUGUGCGAUGCGACGGUGA